AUGGCUUCUAGCAAUGCACGAAGCCAAGCACGGCUUCCCGGGAAUAUUAGGGAGCCUCGAUUUUCAAACAACGACCUCAACGUGCUCAACAACUCGAAUGAUCUCCUGCAAGGAAUGGGGGUGUCGAUCACAUAUCAAGUCAACAACUCCUACUACAAAAUUGGGUACUACUUGACUAACGACAUCUACCCUAAUUGGCCUAUUUUCGUGAAGAGUCCUACACAUCCGACACACGCGAAGGGGAAGAGGUUCAAAGUGAUGCAGGAAGCGGCUCACAAGGAUAUCGAACGAGCUUUCGGCGUCCUUCAAGCUCGUUGGGCAAUCGUCAAAGGACCAUCGCGUCUUUGGAGCAAGGAGGAGAUGAGCGACAUCAUGUUCACGUGCAUCAUUUUGCACAACAUGAUCAUCGAAGACGAAGGCGAGCACGCAACGCAAUGGGAAGAAGAGGCCGCCGACGAAGCUUUGAGUAGCACCGCCACAUCUCGUCCUCGUGCCGGUGUUCCGCCGGAUUUUCGUGCAUUUGUAGCACGACAAACAUCCUUGAAAGACGUGGAGAUGCAUUCUCGCCUCACUUUGAACUUGAAUGAGCACAUUUGGUCUCGUUUUGAUCCGACUGAGCCCUAG